GCCAGUUUCAGUUUAGAGACGAGCAAAUCAGUUAAAAAGAGUCUUUGUGAAAUGGGAACGGUGACGUCAAAUGAGCUCUAUAAAAGCAUAAAGUCAUCAUUUUGGGAGACAACUCAGUAAAAGGCAAACAAAUUUUCUUCCUCUCUCUUUUAUAUUUUCAUUGUUGUAUCUUUGAGUGCAUUGAAUGCAGCCGGUCCAGAAGCCUGAACGCGCCUGACUUCCUUUAUUUGGUCACUAUAACCCGGCUGAGUGCACGAACUGACUACUUACUGAGGUCUCUGUGUUGAUCUGUUGCGCAUAACAAUAUGUUGGACAUGCUUGAGUACAGUCAUUACCAGGUACAGACUCAUUUGGAGAGCCCUAAUAAGUACCACCUCCAGCAGAGUCCAAGGCAGCAGGUGAAGCACUAUCUGCCCAGCACGCUUGGGGCUAAGCUCAGCCCUCCGUUAAACAGCCAGAAUCCGGAGCACGGCAUGCCCCCCGGCCCCGGAGCCAGCGCCCCCAACAGCCCCAUGGCCCUGCUCACCCUCAGCAACAACUGCGAGAAAGAGAUGGACGACGUAAUUGAAGACAUUAUCAGUUUGGAGUCAAGCUAUAAUGAUGAUAUCCUUGGAUUAAUGGACGCAGGACUUCAAAUACCAAAUACAAUCCCAGUUUCUGCAAAUCUCUUGGACAUCUAUAGUAAUCAUACACUUCCUCCAGCUGGAGUCACCAUUGGGAAUUCCUGCCCAUCUAGUUUACCCAAUGUGAAAAGGGAAUUCUCAGCUCCUGACAUGAUGCACGUGGACCAACCUGGACCAUGUGGCAAGUUUGACUCUUAUCAGAGGCCCGAAGGCCUUCCAGUAGAAGCAGAAGUCAGAGCUUUGGCAAAAGAGAGGCAAAAGAAGGACAACCACAACCUAAUUGAACGGAGACGGCGCUUUAACAUAAAUGACAGAAUUAAAGAACUUGGGACGUUAAUUCCCAAAUCUAAUGAUCCAGAUAUGAGGUGGAAUAAAGGAACUAUUCUGAAGGCCUCAGUGGACUACAUCAGGAAACUACAGAGAGAGCAGCAGAGAGCAAAAGAGCUGGAGAGCAGGCAGAAGAGACUCGAGCACACCAACAGACACCUCCUGCUUCGCAUUCAGGAGCUGGAGAUGCAGGCUCGUGCUCAUGGCCUGGCUGUAGGAGGCUCCUCAACGCUCUGCUCCACUGAGUUGGUGGCUUGCGCCAUCAAGGAAGAACCCAUCAGCUACACAAGCUGCUCAUCCGAGCUGUACACUCGUCCACACCUCCCCAGCCCGGAUCAUUCUCGGCCCACCACUCUGGACCUCAACAAUGGCACCAUUAGCUACAGUGACAGCACCACCGAGGAAGCAGAGGCAGGGCUUUAUGCAAGCCGCAAAGAACCCACAACCAAGCUAGACGACAUGUUUCUGGAGAACACACUGUCACCAGUGGGCACCAGUAACCUGCUGCUCUCCUCAGGUUCUCCCACACACUCCAAUGACAGCAGCAGACGAAGCAGCACGAGCACAGAGGAGCAGGACAAGGGCUGUUAGCACUGCUAAUGAACUUUUAAUAACUCUUUAUGACUGUUUUUGUUUAGGAUUGUUUUCGUUGUUGGGUUGAUUACAGUAGUAGUGUAUUCAAAGAUGUUUCUGUGCACUGCUAAAGAUAUGCAAGGAUUUGGAACACCACUGGGAUUUUUGGGAUCUUUUGAAAUGUGAUUUGUUUCCGGUACAUUAAUUCUGUUACAUCUAGUGUAACAGAUGUGAUUCCAUUUUGCCCAUGAUUUUUGAUAUAUAUUAUUUAUAUUAAAAAAAAAAAAAGACAAGAGAAACAUUAGUUAUGUCAUGAUGCCUCAUCCUAGUUUAUACUUGCAUUAUACUGUAUAUUAUUAGCAUAUCUGUAAUCUGUCAUUUAAUCAGAAGUAAAAUGAGAUAAUUCUGAAGUUAUUGCUUUUAGUGCCAUUAUAACUGCCAAAGUUUAAAGUUCUCACAAAAUUUCUUUGGUGUAAAUUCUAAUAAUAAUAAUAAUAAUAAUAAUAAUAAUAAUAAUAAUAA